GGCGCUAAAUUUGAAUAUUGUUGAUGGUAAUGAAAAAUGGCGGAACUACCGACUGUGGAGAUAAACAGAACGUGCCUUUCCUUGCUUUUCCGGGACAAUGCGUUGAGUCCAGGAGAUCAAGAAGGCUUCCUAAUUGGGGAAGUAAUCGAGAGGGCCUUGAGCCUUAGUGAUACGCAGGAAAAUGUUGGAACAGCCACUGUGAUAAAGAUUACAUCAACUUUUCCCAUUCCCAAGCACUGCAGAUUCUACAAUGGAGUAGGAAAAAUAGACCAUGCUGCACUGGAAGAUCUUCUGGGCCCAUUUUCAGAUAAAAUAGUUGGCUAUUUUGAGUUCAAGAGAAACCUGAAUGAAGAAAUUGAAGAAAUAAUCACCUUUACCCAACGCAAUGUAUUCAUGCAACUUGGUCAGAGAGCUGGACAUUCCCACGAGAAGCCCUUUGUCUUCAUGGUCCUUAGACAAAGACAUGAAAGCAGAGGUGUGAUUCAAAACUCAUUUGGCUACUUCACAUUCAGAGAUGGGUCGCUGAUCAAACUGGCAAGCAGUAUUCCGAACUUGGGAGAUACGUCUCACGAUCGCUACGUUCAAAACGCUCCAGUGCCUCUGGUUGACAAUCUUUUUGCCAAAAUGACUGCUCCAAAGAAAGAUCCAGCUUCUCUGCCUGUGGUCAAAAUUCAUCUGGCUAUGUUGGAGCAGCUGAAAAUUGCUGCUAAUAACGCUGUUGUUUUAGAAGAAGAAUACAAAAUAGCCAAAUAUUUGCUUGACAAAUGUGAAGCAGAUUUAGCAGAUCGCAGAAAAGCUAAGAAAUUGCAGACAGCUAUAAAACGCCAUAAGGUUGAUGAUCAAGUUGUGCCAUCUACUAGCAAAACAAACUGCAUGUCCUCUGAACCUCCUGCAGCAGGCUCAAGCAAAUCUGAAUUGAAAGUAAAAAAUUCAACCUGAUGCACCAUUCUACUUAAAGGUCAGUCAACAAAACAAGAACACCAAGAAUACUAUUUUUAUCUUCUCUCGGUUCAGAGCCGAACUUCCUAAAUGUGCAAACCAAAAUAUUAAAGUUAUUUCUAAUAUUCUUAUUAUUAUUAAUAUGCAAAAGAGAUCAAAUAUUCCAUUAAUUUUACAUUUUAAAUUAUUUCUGGUCUGGUAAUAAAUUAAAACGCAAAUUUAAUUGCAGAGUUGUUGUAAAUAUUUUUAAAUAAAAACCGCUGGUUGGAUUUAAAAUAAAAU